AUGAAAAUGCAUCGGGCAGCACUGGCAGUUUCGUUGACAGCAGCGCUGGUCAUGCUAGGAUCGCUAGCCUCUAUAGCGUUUAUACUAAACGACAUCGACAAGUUCGCAAUCAGCAGCAAUGAUACAUUGAACGAAAUUCAGUUUUUUGCAAGAGCUGCUCGAAAAGAUAUGAUGGUCGAGCGAUUGUUUCGCUGGAAAACUGGAAAGAUUUAUCUGAAGAAAAUCAAAAGAAACACAACAACUAGGAGAAGAAUAAAGAUGGAGGCAGGCGCAAGAGCGCUCAAAACAGGGACCGCUGAGGUUUCUUGCAAUGCUUCCGUUGUAGGAUAUGACGACAACGUAGACGGCGAGUAUUAUCUAAUGGCCGCAAGCAUGAAUGUGGAAGAAUAUAGCUUUUGUGAAUCCGUUCAAACCUCGUGUUCUCGGCCACCUACGUGUCCAGCUGGAGCGCCAGGGCCUCCAGGAAAAGACGGGGUUCCCGGAGAAGAUGGUCCACGAGGAGUAAACGGUAGGCGAGGAGAGGACUGGAGGUUGGAAGAGAAUGAUGUGGUCGUCGUGCUUGGCUGUAUCAAGUGUCCCAUGGGUCCACCAGGAGCAGAGGGUGAACCUGGACCUGCUGGAAGCAAAGGCGCCCCCGGUAAAGACGGUGAAGAUGGACUGGAUGGACUCCCUGGUUAUCCCGGACCGCCUGGUCUCCCUGGACCUCCAGGAUACGAUGGUCGAGAUGGAGAUCCUGGCGUUCCAGGUGAAUAUGGGUCACCAGCCAUAAUAGAGAUACAUCCUCCAGGACCACCAGGCCCGCCGGGCAACAAUGGCCCACAGGGAUAUCCUGGAGAAGAUGGGGGUGUAGGUGCGCUAGGUUUUCCUGGAGUGCCAGGCAGCCCCGGAACAAAUGGAAAGCAUGGCGUGCCUGGGCCACCAGGUGAACCUGGGCUGCCAGGAGAUCCUGGCGCUGAUGGCCAGCUGUUUCCUAAAGGGUUUCAUCGCUGUGAGUGUCUCGACCCGGAACGUCGUAAGACAGAGUAUCAGCAGCAGCCACCAGAACACUACUUACGCCCGGCAUCUGACCAGACAGGAGUACAACAUCACCUUAGCAACGAUGAAGGCGGCCAAACGAUAGUCCCGCUCUCUCACGCAGACGCUCCUCCUUCCUACACGACUGAAUCCGCUUCUUUUCAAAAGAAACUAGAUACUGUCCCAUUCGAUCAUGAAAGGCCAAAAUUCGAGAAGAUACAUCGCGAUGUUUCAAGCAAGGGAGGAUCUAAACAGGUGGUAAACGAGCAGAGCUUCGAUAGUGAUCAGUCAGCGCAGGAUCCCCGUGAGGAGGAGGAAUAUGUCGAUUUUGACUAG